AGAGGCGGGCGGUGCGCGCAGGGUGCGCGUGACGCUGGGGCUCCCGGGCUGUGCGGCCUGGGCGGCGUCCCACGGCUCGCUUCCCCACCACGAAAGCAAGCUGACCCAAGGGGCCUGUAGGGGCAUUUGCUGGGGACGUCCAGCUCUGCGGCGCGGAGGGAAGAAGGACUCCGCAGCCCCGGGGCUAUCUGCCCGUGGCCUGUGCGAGAGCCAGAGCCGGAGCCGCUCUGUCACCCAGGUGCAGGGGCCGCCGGGGAGGAGGUGGAGGCAGGUGGGGCCAAGGGCAGGGCUAGACUCAGGCAGCCCCUCAGCGCCUCUCCAGUGCCCUGACAGCUCCAACUUGGGCUGAGUGCUUGAGACACCGCAGCUUCUCCUUUGGGGCUGUAGACUCUGGUGGUGGCUUUGCCCACUAGAGGGGACGUCCAGCCUCCGCAGAAGCAGCGGGAUGUCUAAGGGGCGUUGGUCACACGGGGCCCUGGGAGCAGAGACCAGGGACAGAGAGCUUGGAAGGCGGGAGGGCCCUGAAUUUGCAGGGCGCUCCAACUGUCCGGACUCCCGGGCCAAUACUGGCUGAAAAUGGGGGGGUCUCAUGACGCCAUAAUCCCCUGGGCCUGGGACCGGAGGCUGUGAGUGGCACUACAGGCCCCCGCCCCCGGGGCCCCCUGCGCUGGGCUGGGCGCGGUGCGGCUGGGCGUACGCAGUCGGAGGCGGCGCCGGUCAGGCCGGGGCGCCUAUGGACGCGCGGAGCCCGCUGUCUGCCCGGGCCAGCGCGUUCAGCAUCGCCUCUCUCGUUGCAGCCGAGGCCUCGGAGGGCGCCGCCCACCGGGGCCCCGGGCCCUUGGACCGGGCGAAACCUCGCCGGCCACCGGGAUCCCCAGCCGGGAUGCACUUCAGCACGGUCACCAGAGACAUGGAAGCCUUCGCGGCCAGCAGCCUGAGCGGCCUGGGAGCCCCGUCGCCGGGCGCCGACCCGUUCGGGCCGCGCGAGCCGCCGCCGCCGCCGCGCUACGACCCGUGCGCCGCCGCCCCCGGCGCCCCGGGCCCGCCGCCGCCGCCGCGCGCCUACCCGUUCGCGCCCGCCCCCGGGGCGGCCAGCAGCUCGGCGGCGGAGCCCGAGGGGCCCGGGGCCAGCCGCGCCGCCGCGGCCAAGGCUCCGGUGAAGAAGAACCCGAAGGUGGCCAGCGUGAGCGUGCAGCUCGAGAUGAAGGCGCUGUGGGACGAGUUCAACCAGCUGGGCACCGAGAUGAUCGUCACCAAGGCGGGCAGACGAAUGUUCCCCACCUUCCAAGUGAAGCUCUUUGGAAUGGAUCCCAUGGCUGACUACAUGCUGCUCAUGGACUUUGUGCCUGUGGAUGACAAACGCUACCGGUACGCUUUCCAUAGCUCCUCCUGGCUAGUGGCCGGCAAGGCAGACCCCGCCACACCUGGCCGAGUGCACUACCACCCUGACUCACCGGCUAAGGGCGCGCAGUGGAUGAAGCAAAUCGUGUCUUUUGACAAGCUGAAGCUGACCAAUAACCUGCUGGAUGACAAUGGCCACAUUAUUCUCAACUCCAUGCACAGAUACCAGCCCCGCUUCCAUGUCGUCUACGUAGACCCUCGAAAAGACAGUGAGAAAUAUGCGGAGGAGAACUUCAAAACUUUUGUGUUUGAGGAGACACGCUUCACUGCAGUCACAGCCUACCAGAACCACCGGAUCACGCAGCUCAAGAUCGCCAGCAACCCCUUCGCCAAGGGCUUCCGGGACUGCGACCCCGAGGACUGGCCCCGAAACCACCGCCCCGGAGCGCUGCCGCUCGUGAGUGCCUUCGCCCGCUCUCGGAACCCCGUGGCUUCCCCCACGCAGCCCAACGGGGCAGAGAAAGACGCCGCCGAAGCCAGGCGAGAGUUCGACCGCGACCCGGGCCCCGCCGCGCUCGGCGACGCCGCGCACCCGCAGCAGCUGCUGGCGCGCGUGCUGAGCCCCGCGCUGCCCGGGCCCGGAGGCCUCGUCCCGCUCCCCGGCGCGUCGGGGGGCCGCCACAGCCCCCCUCACCCCGACCUGCGCCUGGAGGCGCCCGGCGCGUCCGAGCCGCUGCACCACCAUCCCUACAAGUACCCCUCCGCCGCCGCCGCCGCCGCCUACGACCACUACCUUGGCGCCAAGAGCCGGCCGGCGCCCUACCCGCUGCCGGGCCUGCGCGGCCACGGCUACCACGCGCACCCGCACGCGCACCCGCACCACCACCACCACCACCCGGCGGUGAACCCGGCCGCCGCCGCCGCCGCCGCCGCCGCCGCGGCCAACGUGUACUCGUCGGCGGCGGCGCCCCCCGGCGCCUACGACUACUGCCCCAGAUAGUGCGCCCGCGCGCGCGGGUCCCCAGGGUCCCCCCAAGGACGCGCUCCCCAGCUGGGGAGCCACGCGGGCCCCCCGCCCGCCCGCCAGUGCCAAAGCUCCCGUCCGAGGCGGAAGGAAGUGGUAUUUAUUGUUCUCCGCGAGACCGCGUCGCCUCCGGCCCGGCCGGCAUUUGCAGUGUAGACGACCCGAGUGAGCCCCGCCUGCGGGCGGUGUAGAUACGUGUAGAUAUGUGUAGAUACUGUAGAUACUGCCCCGGCGCCGAUUUCAUAAACGGUUUCGCCUCUUUUGGAAACUGCCGAUGUAUUUAUUCAUUUGUAGCCGAUUCGAUGGGGCCGGGGGCGUCUUUGGGAGAGAGGGACUCAGUGUUCCCAGCCCUGGUCACUGGGGUGGGCGUGGGCGCGGAGCAAAGGUCUCCUCCGCUAACCCUCCCCUCCCUCCCCGUGGGCUCUCCGCCUCUCUUCCCGCCGCUCCCGGGGUCCUCUCCGGGCUGUCUGCGCGGUCUCCCCGGGAUAGGCACUGCACUUCAGCUCUCCACACCUGCAGCUGCUGGUGCAGGACGCGGGCCUCGGUGUUGACCUGUUUGGAGGACUAGACUUUACAAGUUUUUCCGUGGAAGCCGGGAAGGAUGCUCCAGACAGGACACUGUCCAUCCGGCCUCGGAUGGCAUGUGGAAAGACAAACACAGGCGGGUUUGACCCUCCCAGCAUUGCCCUGGCCUGGCACCAGCCCAGAAUUGUGUUUCCCCCUGUUUAUUGACUUUAUUCACUGAAUGUCCCCACAGAGCCAUUGGGGGUGGGGGGACGCACAAUGACAGUGGUCAUGAGUCAUCUUGAAACUCCCGUGUGAAGCAGUUUUUCCUAGGCCAGGUGGCUGGGUGACCAGUCUCCCUUAACUCAACACCAUCGAAGUGGCCAAAGGAACCCUUUGAUCCCUCCCUUCCUGAGCCCCAGCAGGAAGGGCCACCCGAAGGCCAGCCAGAGGCAAGGCUGCCUUAUGCCUCAAAUAAACGGGAAAUGCCAGGUUCCAUCCCUGGCUUUCUGUUUCAGUGUGUUCAUGGCACUUGCUGCCGGUAGAGACGCUCCUUUCUCAGGCACUUCCAGAUGUCAACUCCUACCAACUUUGUCUCAAGGCUCACCUGUCCCAGGUUGGAUGGCCAGCUCCUUCUCUCCAAGGGCAUCUAGCACCAGGGCAUGAGGACUGCGGCAGCAUCAGUUCACAGGACCGGAGGGGAUAGAACUGUAGGGACACUCUCCUGAGCGCCGCUAUGGGCAUGCAUUCUCAAGUCCUGCCCCUACCCUACCUUCAAGUGCAAGCUCUUUUCUAUACAGUGGCUCUGCCAAGGCCACCUGUUGUGCAUUGGCCUCAUACUUUUGUCCCUGGGAAGCCAGGGACUCCAUGUCUACCGGAGUGGUAGGCUGGGGUUUGUCCUGCAGAGGGCAAUGGUCAGCUUCUGGCAGCCCCUCUCCCUGGUGGAAUGCAGCCAUUUCACAUUCCUUCAACACGCAGGGAAUCUGGGGAAGCGCUGUUUCCUUAGAGACCUCCACUUCUGUGUUGGUUGAAGCUGAAGUGAGCAGUCCCAGCACCUGGUUUUUGAAAAUGGGGAACAUACCAAAGAGCAGAGACCCUAAGUGUGCAACUCACUGACCCUGAAAAUAUCUCUGCUCCCACAAAGCUGGCUUGUUUGUAAGGAGAACUGGGUCACUGCUGGCCACAUGAAAGUACAUUUUAUGGCUCAGGUCCUCGCUGGUGUGAUUCCUAGUGCUACGUGCUCACGCACUUCAUGCUGAUCAGAGGCAAAUGACUCUCCAAGACCCAGGGCUUCUUUCUUGUCUCAGGGUUGAGCCUAAGAACCUCUUGGAAACAGGAGGCUGUGCAGGGACACACUGCUGUCAUGGUCUCCUUCCUCCUUGUUUGUUUGCUAUGUGCUUGGCACUGCCCUGACUGCCGACUCCAUGGAGCUGACCUCUCUAUGGGAAGCUGCCUCUGAACAGCCCUUGACUGCCUUAG